AUGGAAGAGUUAGAGUUGACGGCAAUGGAAAAGAAGCUUUCAACCAAUGAUGGGCGGAGAGUCCAUCUUAUUGACCAACACAAGAUCAACGCUCCCCUUGAUCAACCGUAUGGAGAACACUCCAUCCUGGAUGGGAAGAGCUGCAACGUUGCCUUACCAAAGAAAGGUGUGCUGGAUGCUAUGGUGAGGCACGGUGCUCUUCAGGUCACUCUGAUCAAGGACACCCAAGGAUCUUCAUUGCCGCAGAUCAGUGCUGGACACCCUGGUGUCUGCAUGGUGUCAAGUGCUGGGCUUUCGGUGCAGAGCAAAGCCGGGACAGAGCAGCCCCAUUUUGAGCUGAAGGAGAUCCAAAUUCAGACCCCAUGCUUGCAAGGUGCCCCCUUUCAAAGGUCUCAGCAUCCUCACGCUACCUCCUGCCGCCACUUCCACCUGGGCCCCCCGCAGCCGCAGCAGCUAGCCCCGGACUUCCCGCUGGCACACCCCGUGCAGUCGCAGCCGGGCCUCAGCGCCCACAUGGCCCCGGCCCACCAGCACAGCGGCGCGCUGCACCAGUCGCUGACCCCGCUGCCCACCCUGCAGUUCCAGGACGUCACAGGUCCCUCCUUCCUACCUCAGGCCCUGCACCAGCAAUACCUGCUGCAGCAGCAGCUCCUGGAAGCUCAGCACCGCAGGCUCGUCUCGCAUCCCAGGCGGAGUCAGGAUCGAGUGUCUGUCCACCCCCACCGCCUCCACCCCAGCUUUGACUUUGGCCACCAACUGCAGACACCUCAGCCCCGGUAUCUGGCUGAGGGUACUGACUGGGAUCUCAGUGUGGACGCUGGCCUGAGUCCUGCCCAGUUCCAGGUGCGGCCCAUCCCUCAGCACUAUCAGCAUUACCUAGCCACUCCUCGAAUGCACCACUUCCCCAGAAACUCUUCCUCCACACAGAUGGUUGUCCAUGAAAUUCGAAACUACCCUUACCCACAGCUUCACUUCCUCGCGCUCCAGGGACUAAAUCCUAGUCGGCACACCUCUGCUGUUCGGGAGAGCUACGAGGAGCUGCUACAGCUCGAGGACAGGUUGGGAAACGUGACCCGAGGAGCUGUGCAGAACACCAUAGAGAGGUUCACCUUCCCCCACAAGUACAAGAAGCGAAGACCCCAGGACAGCAAGGGCAAGAAAGACGAAGGGGAGGAGUCAGACACGGAUGAGAAAUGCACGAUCUGUCUGUCUAUGUUGGAGGAUGGAGAAGACGUGAGACGCCUACCUUGUAUGCAUCUCUUCCACCAACUGUGUGUGGACCAGUGGCUCGCCAUGAGCAAGAAAUGCCCCAUCUGCCGAGUGGACAUUGAGACACAACUGGGAGCCGACAGCUGAGGGAGGAAGCUAGCCAGUGGACGCCCCGUUUCCUUCACCAGGCCCCGCCCCCUCGCCCCCCACGGCCAUAGCCCUUGCAGCCAAACUUUGCCUUCUGAGCCAUUUGACGUAGAGAAGAAGCCUGCAAGCACAUUUGGUGGAAAGAGGAGUUGGUAUUAGUGUCUGAGGGAGAGGAAGGGGUGGGGGGACCCACCCAUCCAGAAUGGUGACUGCCUCAUCGCCUUGCUGCGCAGGGGGAGGGAGCUGGCCGUGCCCAGAGCAGGGGCGGGAAGCAGGGGGGCCCAGCUGCUGAGAACUAGAUGUGAUCUCGAGGGUACUAGCUGGUGACCGGCCCCUCAAUCCUGUCCUUUGAAGGAUUGUGUAUAUACCUCUUGACCACGUAGAAACCAUGUAGGGGUCUCUAGCUAUUCUGUGGAUGGCAGCCAGAGCAUGUUAGCUUAAGAAAAAUGUCGUGUGUGGUGCUCUCGUCAUCUGUGGUGGACAUGUCGCUAUUACUGAACUUGCACCAAAUAUUUCUCAUUGAGUUUCUUGUUUUGGUGCCUGACCGAACCAACCAACGACAGCCCCAAUCUUCCCGUCUUUAUGAGCAAAAAGGAAAAAAAAAAAAAA